AUGGCUCUAGUUUCAGCGGUUUUACAUCGCCAGGGUAUACGGCUGAUCCGGUACUUAGACGACUGGCUUCUACUAGCGUCCUCCAAACAAGAAGCACUGAGGUCAAGGGCAGCACUCCUACAUCUGUGCGAGGCUGUCAACAUUUCCAUCAAUCGGGGCAAGUUGGAGUUCAAACCAACACAGACGAUCAAUUUUCUGGGGAUGGAGAUUCACUCAACGAUUUUGAAGGUUUUCCCAUCACAGGACAGAGUCACUCAGUUGCUGGAGACCAUCGAGUACUUUGGGAGUUGGCCUUGCCCACCAGCACAAGUGUGGCUUGUCCUACUCGGCCAUCUGUCAUCCCUGACACAGCUAGUCCCAGGAGGGCGACGCAGGAUGAAAAGCCUUCAGUUCCAGUUGUCUAAUUGCUGGAACAGGCAAAUGAACACCAGUUCUCACCCAGUUCCCUUAUCUCUUGCGGUUCUGGAAGACCUACAGUGGUGGUCCGAUGUGGGGAACCUACUUCAGGGUCACUCGCUGGAGAUACAGAACCCAGAACUUUUUCUGUACACGGAUGCUUCUCUAGAGGGGUGGGAUGCCUCCAUCCUAGACGCGGCGGCAAGUGGGACUUGGCCAUUGCGGGAUCAAGGGGAGCAUAUCACUCUUCUGGAGUUACGGGUGAUAAGACUGGGUCUUCAGGCAUUCGAGGAGGUCCUCCAAGGCCGGACGGUUGCCAUUCUUUCAGACAACACUACGGCCAUCUCUUACAUCAAGAAAGCAGGGGGCACAAGAUCUGUCAAGCUCAAUCAGGAAGCUCAGCAAACAUUACUUUGGGCAGAGAACAAGAAUGUCACCAUCCUUACUCACCGCUGGUUGGACCUGUUCGCCACCCGCCUGAACUACAGGCUCCCCAACUUUGUGUCUCCUUUCUACGACCCGAUGGCGGUGGCCACAGAUGUGUUCCUCUUCUCCUGGGACAACAUGGAGCUUUAUGCAUUUCCCCCCUUUCAUGUCAUCUGGAGGGUGAUCAACAAACUGCGCAGCUCAACAGGAACCAAGCUAGUGCAGAUCGCCCCCUUCUGGCCUCAAAGAGAGUGGUUCCCGGAUCUGGUGGAGCUGCCCAAUGAAUCUUUGCGGAUGCCAUUUGAUGAGGAUUGCUAUGAGAACGGGAGGUUGGUAUGGAGGUUAUUCGUACCAACAUAG